AUGGAGAGCCCUACUACUACCUUGUCGGUGCUGGACGGCAUCAACAGCAAUGACAUUGCUGUUUGUGGCUUCUCGUUGAAGUUUCCACAAGAUGCAACUACUCCAGAAGCCCUAUGGGACAUGAUGUUGCAACGACGCUGUGCAAUGACCGAGUUUCCAGCUGAUCGUGUCAAUGUCGAUGGUUUCUACGAUCAACGAUCACGGCCAAACACUGUAAAUUUUUACUCCGACUCCAAUCCUAACAAUGCGCAUUUGAACAGCGAUCUUGCCGAAUUCGAUGCCGGCUUCUUCUCCAUUGCGCCUACUGAGGCAGCGUCCAUGGAUCCCAUGCAAAGACUGUUACUAGAAGCCUCCUACCACGCGUUGGAAAAUGCCGGUAUCCCGAUGGAACAUGUCAACGGCUCUCCGACAGCCGUUUACUGCGGCUCAUUUGGAAUGGACUACAUGUUGCAACUUGUUCGCAGCGCCGAGGUUCCUCCCCCCUACGCAGCACUAGGAUUCGGUCUUAGCAUGCUUGCCAACAGAAUCAGCUGGUUCUUCAACUUUCGCGGGCCCAGCAUGGCCGUCGAUUCUGCAUGUUCUAGUUCCGCCAUGGCCUUGGACACAGCCUGCGCCGCACUGAGAAACGGCAAUUGCUCCAUGGCAUUGGUUGCUGGCUCCAACAUGGCGAGUGCGCCUGAGCCCUACGUUUGGAUGUCCAAUGUCAAGUUUUUGUCAGCAGACAGCUGCUGCUAUUCCUUUGAUGAAAGGGCCAAUGGAUAUGCUAGAGGCGAGGGUCUCGCUGUUACCGUUCUCAAACGAGUAUCAGAUGCCGUUAGAGACGGUAACACUAUCCGCGCUGUCAUUCGCGCGACAGCUUGCAAUGAAGACGGUCGCACUCCUGGCAUUACACAACCAAACCGCAAGGCUCAACAAGAGCUCAUCAAGAGAACAUACGAGCAGGCUUGUCUUUCAAUGGAGCACACAAGAUUCUUUGAGGCUCAUGGAACUGGAACGCCUGCUGGAGACCCUCGCGAGGCUCAAGCAAUUGGCAUGGCUUUCAUGCAGCAUCGCUCAAACGACGACCCUAUUUAUGUCGGUGCCAUCAAGUCGAAUGUUGGCCAUUUGGAAGGCGCCAGUGGACUGGCUGGCUUGAUCAAGGCUGUUCUCGUCUUGGAAAAGGGAAUUAUCCCUCCCAAUGCCAACUUUCAAAAAGUCAAUCCCAAGAUUGACGUUGACUAUCUUAAUAUUUCUUUUCCACAAAAGGCACGUCCUUGGCCAGCAAAUGGUCUCCGCAGAGCCUCUGUCAAUUCAUUUGGAUACGGAGGUGCCAAUGCGCACGUCGUCAUUGACGAUGCCUAUAAUUAUCUGCGGAUUCGUGGCCUCAACGGCAAACAUAAUACGGCGAAGCGUCCACCUCAGCUACGGGAACAGUCCGGUACGAUGCCAUUGAGUCCUGCACUGACGCCGCCACGACAAGAAGACGUACAAAGACUCUUUGUGUGGUCUGCAUCAGACAAAGACUGUAUUGGCAGAAUUAUUAAGCAGUACAGUACCAGACACUCUGUUAUCAAGCAACUGUUACAGAAAUAUCAGCAACUACGACAGCAGGGUGGUAAAGAGUCCGUCGCUGCUACAGAUGAUAUUACAAAUCUGAUGGCCAACGUGGCCUACACAUUAGACACACAUCGAAGUCAUCUGCAAUGGAGAUCAUUUGCUUUGAUGAACACGAUUGAAGAUUUCGAAAACAUCUCUUCGCUCAUGUCAACACCAGUUUCCGCGCACGCCAACUCGCCACCACGAAUCGGCUUUGUCUUCAGCGGACAAGGAGCGCAGUGGCAGGGCAUGGGACGAGAGUUGGCUUGCUACGAGAGUUUCAGAACAGAGUUGGGGCAGGCUGGCGCAUAUCUGCGAAGCCUAGGAUGCGUCUGGUCUGUUAUUAACCACAUACUGUACCCAGACUCUUCCAACCACAUUGACAAUCCAGAGCUUAGCCAGUCGCUGUGCACUAUUCUGCAAGUUGCUUUGGUCAACUUGCUUCGGCGAUUUGGAGUCAGGCCCGCUGCUGUUGUUGGACACUCAUCUGGUGAGAUUGCUGCAGCAUACGCCAGCGGCCACAUUCCACUGAAGUUAGCCUGGAGGUUGGCGUACUUUAGAGGGGUUUGUUCGGCCAAACUGGAUCGUGAUGGACAUUUGGCCGAUUCCGGGGAGCGCGUCUCUGGUGCCAUGAUGGCUGUGGGAUUAUCUGAGGCUUCUGGACAAGAGCUACUCUCUGCUCAUGGCCAUAUCGUUUCAAGCGUCUCCAUUGCUUGUAUAAACAGCCCCCAGAGCAUUACUCUUUCCGGAAAUGAGGCUGCCAUUGACUAUCUUCAAGGUGUUCUGGAGGAACAGAAGAUCUUCGCCCGCAAGCUUCGCGUCAGGGUUGCCUAUCAUUCGAGACAUAUGGAUAGCAUUGCAGUUGAUUACGUGUCCAUGAUCAACGCCUAUGCGGAUGCCAACGACAUGGUGUCCUUCUCAUCUGACAUUCCAAUGGUAUCCAGCGUAACUGGCAAAGUCAUUAGCGACGCUUCCGUUGCAGAAGCGUCAUACUGGGCAUCCAACAUGGCAUCACCAGUGCAGUUCUCUCAAGCUGUGUCGGUCAUGUGCCGCCAAGGCGCCAAAGAUGUGACGAAGAAGCUGGACCAAAGUCAUCUGUUGGUCCCAGCAGUAGACCAACUUCUCGAAAUCGGUCCCCAUGCUACCUUGAAGUCUUCGCUACUGGACAUCCUGGAGACCGGCUCUCGCGGACAGCUUGGAUACAAUGCCGUACUUUUCAGAAAAAAGAGCGCCGUGGACACACUUCUGAGCACCCUUGGCCAGUUGCACUGCGUAGGAGUGAACCUCCAGUUCAGAGCCAUCAACGAGCCUUCAGGCAGCGUGAUGAAUCGAAACAUGUUGACAACUCUUCCAGAGUAUCCUUUUGACCAUUCACAGCGAUACUGGCACGAUAGCCGCCUAAGUCGCAGCUACAAGCUGAGAUCUCAGCGACCAUCUGAUUUCCAUGGAACCAGAUCAACUGAUUGGAAUCGCUCGGAUGCUCGUUGGAACUGGAAGAUGGACUUGUCGGAGAUGCCCUGGGUUGAACAUCAUAUUAUUAAUGGCAUGACGUUGUAUCCUGCAACAGGAAUGCUUGUCAUGGCCAUAGAAGCAGGAAAGGAACUGUGUGAGGAAGAAGGGUAUGCCGUAAAUGGAUUCACCUUUGAAGAUGUUCAUUUCAAGACUCCCAUCAACUUUACGGCCUUCAACGAUGGACCAGAAGCUCAAGUCUCUCUUCGCGAGGAGCCAACAAAAGACCGUUCUUCAGCAUCCAAAUUUUCAUUUAUUAUUCGCACUUUUGGCAACGACGAUUGGUCUGAAAACUGUCAAGGACACAUCACCAUCCACCAUCGAGGCAAGGAAGAGGGAUGGCUAUCCGAUCAUGAAGCGCGACAGCAGAGCAACAUGGCCAAGACCAUUCUCGACCACGCCAACGCAUGCAACCAGAAGAUUUCAGCCAAGCAAAUGUACGAAUAUCUCAAAGACACCGGAUAUGAGUACGGUCCCAUCUUCGCCCGAUGCGAUGAACAGCGUAUUCACUCUACUCUGAAGCAUGCUACGGCCACAACUAGUCUUUACAAUACGCCUAAUCAAGAGCACGUUGUUCAUCCCGCAUCUCUUGACGCCAUCUUGCAUCUUGCCUUCACAGCUCUGACGUCGGGCGGUCGUUCAUCCAUGGCAACCAGCGUGCCGUCGCGCAUUGGUUGUCUCUGGUUGUCUGCAUCAGGGCUGAGCUCUCCGGAGGCCAACCGUCUAACUUGCCUGUCAAAAGUUACAUCAGUGACUGGCCGUGGAUUUAUCGUUGCGGGAGGCUCGGUGUCUGCUGACAAUGUCAAUAAUCUACGAGUAUGGUUUCAAGACUUUGAACUGGCCAACAUUACCUCAACACCUUCUUCGCUCGCUUUUGUCGCAGACCCGAAGCAGUUCUGUAUGAAUGUUGAGCAAAAGCUGGCUAUAGACAAGCUUGACAACUGCCAGCUUUCCGAGUAUCUGCACAAGAUUCACCCAGAACAUGGAGAUCUGACGUCGUUUUACGAUGAUGUGGCCUUGCUUAUCAACCACUCUGUACAUGCGCUUCUAGCAUCUGUUGAUCCUAGCGUCAUUACGGCAGACUCUGGCAAGGGUGAUUGGAAGCGACGCUACUGGCAAUGGGCAAACUACCAUAUUAUAGAGGGUCGCCUCGGCGCAUCGCCUGCGCUCACUGAGAGCAUUGGCACGGUUCGUAAUCGAGUCAAGUCUGCGAACAGAGUGGGACGUCUCUACGCCGAAGUGGCUUUGCAUCUUGUUGAGUUCUUCAGGGGCAGUGUAACGCCUCUAGACCUUCUCAUGCAGACCGGGCUUCUCAGAGAGUACUACGACGAGUUGAUGACCUACAGAUGCAUGAAGCAAGCAACAACCUUUGUCGAUCUGCUCGCCCACCAAAACGGCGGCAUGAAAAUCUUGGAAGUGGGUGGAGGCACUGCAGCUGCAACUCGCCAUCUGAUCAAAGCACUGUCUAUGAAUGGCCCUCCUGGCGUAACAGAAUCAUCUAACUCACCUGGGUCCCUUCGGUGCGACCAGUACUGCUUCACAGACGUGUCGUCGACAUUUUUGGAAAAGGCACGGGACGAGUUCUCCGAUCACCAAUCUCAAAUGGCGUUCCAGACCCUUGACAUCGAGAAGGGCUUUUCCGAGCAGGGAGUAUCUGACGGGACGUAUGAUGUUGUCGUGGCAGAUGCCGUGCUUCACAUUACCGCCGAUCUGGAAAAUACGUUCCGUAACGUUAGAAAGUCAAUGAAGACUGGUGGCAAGUUGAUUCUGACAGAGUUUCUCCAGCCUGAUGGUUGGGCGCUUGGCUUUAUUUUUGGUCUUUUCCCUGGAUGGUGGGUUGGACCAGAGGCUGAUCGUCCGCUGUCACCGCUGUGGAGCGCGGAAGACUGGGGCAGGAUUCUGCAAAACUGUGGUUUUUCAGGCGUCGACAUGGUAUUCAAGGAUUUUGACGGCCCAGCUCAUCAGCUUGGUUGUGUUAUUUCUACUGCUGUGGACGUGCCGUCGUCCGUCCCACGAACUCUUGCACCGCCAACGUAUCAUAGCGGUACCAUUGUCAAGCUGAACGAUUUCCCUCAACAGCAAUCUCUUGCCGCCUCUCUUGUUAUAUCUUUACAAGACAUGUUUACUGAAACCCUUGAAAUCGUGGACGCGAACAUGCUUGCAGCAUCGACGGGUCUCACCGUCAGCUCAAACAGUCUUUGCAUUGCUUUGGUUGACUAUGGUGCAUCAUUCCUCAGCUCAAUGACCGAACAAGAUUGGGCGGUUUUAAAACUCCUUGCUCAGACGUGGCCUGGCAUUCUAUGGGUCUCGGUAGGAGGAGGAGAUGCAGCAGCACCAGAAUAUGGGCUGAUUGAUGGUCUCUCAAGAACGUUGCGAGCCGAAAACUAUAGUCUGCAUCUCGUCUCUAUUGCCCUCGAUAUAAAUCGCGACGGCAGCGCUGGCCACAUACAUCAUCUCAAGCAGAUUGCACGGGAGAUGUUGUCUCGAAAGCCAUCUCAGAAAUACGAACAAGAGUACAUUGAGAUAGAUGGCUGCUUACAUACUCGCCGUCUUGUUGAGGCGAGAUUCCUGAAAUCCAAUAUGGAAUCCAACAUCUUGCCCUGGCAAACGACCUCUACCAAUGUUAUCGAUGCCACUUUUGAGUUAUCAGCGGCUUGCCCUGAAGAUAAUAAUGGCAUUCCGUACCUGGUCGAGAUACCGGCUCCAGUUGUUGACAAUGCUCUGUCAAUUAACGUCAGAGCUAUCUCGCUUCAAUAUCAAGACCAGUUAGCCGCCCGAGGGUUUGCUCCAAAAGGCACUCAGCUUAGCAACUUCUGCAGCGGAAUCGUAACAGACACGCUAUCUGGGUCCUGUUUUGCGCAAGGGGAUAGGGUCUUUGCUGUACACAAGAACUGUUUCCGCUCCGUUGCUGCUGUUCAACCAUCGUCCGCUGUUAAGCUACCAGAUGAUUUAUCUAUUGAAGACGCGUGCUGGGCUAUUCCUCCUCUCUUGACAGCUCAUCAUGCUCUGUUGGAUAUAGGUCGGAUUCGAAACCGCGAUUGUGUUUUGGUCAUGGAUGGUUGCAGCAUUCUGGGAAAAGCCGCAAUAGGCUUGCUUUUAAAUGAGGGUGUUGCGGAAAUAUGGUUGACAGCAGACAGCAGUGAAGAUUGUCAGCGGGCUUCUGAAAGAUUCAAUAUCCCAGGACAACACAUCAUACCGACGUCUGCUGUGGGAAGCGCCUUUUCUUCGACAUGGUCAGAGCUUCAGCCCAAGUUUGAUAUUGUAUUCGCCACCACCUCAGUCGCCAAGGGAUUGGGAGAGCAGACUUUCAGAGGCAUGGUGCGAAAGAAUGGGCAAGUGGUGCUCGUUUCCAAUGACGCUUCCCAAUCUGCAUUCCACUUUGGCUCUUCUUCUCUCCCUGUCUCUUUCGUGGCUAGCGACGAGACUCACGUGUCGCAGGAGUCUCUGGAAUAUGCCGUUUCUACACCCAUCUUGCAGUCGCUUCUAGAUGCACGAGGCCAGGUCCCUAUGUUUCCAAUCUCGCAACUGGACAAAGUAAUGGCGUUUUUGAAGCAGUCUACCAGUUCAGAUGCUGCUGUAGUGCAACUGGGCGAAUCGGAUACGGUCAACGUUCGCGUUAUGCGCAAGAAGAUGGACUAUAUUGACUCAAAUGCGACGUACAUCAUCUCUGGAGGUCUUGGAGGCGUCGGCCGAUCCAUAGCAAGAUGGCUGGCUGAUAAUGGCGCUAAAUAUCUUGUUCUUUUAUCAAGAUCCGGUCCCAAGACAAACGAGGCGCAGUUUUUGGCAUUGGAAUUCCAAGGUCGCGGUGUCCAAUGCGAGAUGCCCGCCUGUGACGUCACGAAUCCCAGUGCAUUGCGAGCGCUACUCGACAAGUAUUCAGCAACCAUGCCACCAGUCAAGGGAUGUAUUCAAGCCGCCAUGGUCAUGGAGGAGGGCAUAUUCUCCGAACUAUCACUCUCUAGUUGGAAAGGUACCUUGCAGCCAAAGCUACAAGGAUCCUGGAACCUACAUGCCGUGCUUCCAUCAGACAUGGACUUCUUCAUCAUGCUGUCGUCCGUCAUGGGCACUUUGGGCACCGGCUCUCUAGCACCAUACAAUGCCGGAAACACUUAUCAAGAUGCUCUGGCGCGCUAUCGAGUCUCCCAAGGCCAGCGAGCCAUCUCGUUCAACCUCGGCGCUGUACCUGACGCAGGCUACCUCGUUGCCAAUGCCGAGUACGCAACCGGACGACGACAAAUUCACGAAACGGCUAAAUACACGCCUACGUAUAUCCGCGAUAUUGUUGCUCUGCUCGAAAUCUUCUGUGAUCCAUCCAGCAAAUUGGCCACGCACCCAAGCACCUGCCAUCCCAUUGUCGGCCUUCGUCCACCAUCUCACUGGGGCCACCUUGAAGAAGUCUCGUUUGUGUUGAGCCAGCCGUUCUGGCAGCACAUGCAUUAUAUUCCAUUGCCGGCUGGCGAGGCUGGGGAUGUGGACAAUGCGCACGGUACAAAACCUGGCAAGCAAGCCAAGGAUGUUGUUGCUAAAUUGGCGGCCGCCACGUCAGUCAAUGAGAGCACUGAGCUCAUCAGUGAAGCACUCGCUGCCCGUAUCACGGCACUGUUGGGCGUGGCAGAGGGUCAACUGGAUUUGCAUCGGCCCAUGCAUUCGUAUGGUCUCGACUCCCUGUCUGCCAUUGAGGUGCGUAACUGGAUUGGCAAGACAUUUAGCGUUGAUAUGCCUCUUUUUUUGAUUUUAGGGGGUAUCACUUUUGAAGGCGCUGCUGCUACUAUUAUUCAUCAGUUUCAAUCACCGAACUAG